GAAGACGAGGAAGAAGAAGAAUCAGAUGCUGAACCCACAUCGAACGCCUACGCCGCCCUCCUCCAGUCACUAGCCUCCACCCAAUCGCAAGAUCGAUCAAGUAAGAAGCGCAAGGCGCAGAGCGAGGAGGAUCUAUCGGCUGCCGAGCAUGUCGACGAUGAGUCUGCUGGAGAAGAUGAUGGUGAACCAGGAAACGACGAUGAGGCCGAAGAUGAGGUCGAAGAUGAGGACGAGGCCGAGGAAAUCGAGGACGAAGAGGAAGACACUCCACUCGACAACGAAGCGAACAACCCCUUCUUCGACAAGCACUUUGGCAGCCCCGACGAGGACGACCUCGCAAAACGGCUGAAGCGGAUAGCAGAGAACGAGUGGGCGACCAGGAAGCUGGAAGCAGGCCCACCCAAGGCUGCCAACCCGUGGAAAGCUCAGAAGUCGAGCCACACCGAGACAGGGAAAGGAGUUCUGCAGGUCCCUAGCACAGACGAGAAGGCAUUGGAAAGGCCGAGGUUCAAGAGCACACGCAACAUUGGGCUGAAAUCAAAGUUGAUCGAGAAUGCCCAGAAGGAAAUUGGCGACUUCAACGACCUUGAGCAGACAAUUGCGUCUUCCCUUUUCAGCUACCAGGACUUGCUGUUUGGCGCAAGGACGGUGCAAAAUGCUGAACGACUUCGCGACCUAACCUGCUUGCAUGCUCUCAACCACAUCUUGAUGACACGAGAUCGUGUUAUAAAGAACAAUGCAAAACUGGCAGCGGCAAAGGAGGAGGACGAUGUUGAGUAUCGCGACCAAGGUUUCACAAGACCGAAGAUUCUGUUCCUUCUCGAGACAAAGCAAGCCUGCGUUCGAGCCCUGGACUCGAUCACCAAGCUGCACACUUUCGAGCAGCAGGAAAAUAAGAAGCGCUUCCUGGACAGCUUCUCCCAGCCAGAAGACAAGUUUUCAGAUGACAAGCCAGACGACUUCCGGGAGCUAUUCGAAGGCAACGACGAGAACGAAUUCCGAGUCGGUGUCAAGCUGACCCGCAAGACACUGAAGCUGUACUCAACCUUUUACAACUCUGACAUCAUCUUCGCCUCCGCACUCGGUCUGCGCCGCGCCAUCGAGACCGGCGACAAGAAGAAGCGCGGAGACCACGACUUCCUCUCCUCGAUCGAAAUUGUCAUCAUGGACCAGGCCGACGCAACCCUCAUGCAGAACUUCGAGCACGCAGAAUUCGUCUUUGAUCACCUGAACCUGCAGCCCAAAGACCCGCACGGCUGCGACUUCUCACGCGUGCGUAGCUGGUACCUGGACGGCCACGCACCGCACAUGCGCCAAACAAUCAUUCUCUCCGCCUUCCUGACUCCCAAAAUAAACUCCCUCUACUACAAACAUAUGCGCAACGUCGCCGGUCGUCUACGCUACACGCCCGACUACACCUCCGGGCUGAUUGAAACCCUCAGCUACGGGAUCAAGCAAACCUUCCUACGCUUCGACUCGCCGUCGCACCUCACAGACCCGGAUGCGCGCUUUAAAUACUUCCACUCCUCCGUCCUGCCGUCCAUCAGUCGCCUGCCCAAGCCCGCAACCGGUGGCGUUGGCGUGCUCGUCUUCAUCCCGUCAUACCUCGACUUCGUACGCGUCCGCAAUUCGCUUGUCGACAGCGACUUCAGUUACGGGCUGAUCCAGGAAUACACCGACCCGACGGACGUCCGCAAGGCGCGCUCACACUUCAUGAGUGGCAAGCACAGCCUCUUGCUGUACACGGGCAGAGCCCAUCACUUCCACCGGUAUCAGAUCCGCGGCGUCAAGAGGGUCGUGUUCUACGGUGUACCCGAGAACCCCAAGUUCUACGAUGAGGUCGUUGGGUUCAUCGGCAAGAGCGUGGAACGUGGGGAGAUCAGCAGGCAGGAGGCGAGCGUGCGAGUGGCUUUCAGCAAGUGGGAGAGACUGGAGCUUGAACGAGUCGUGGGCACGAAAAGGGUGGGGAAGAUGAUUGCGGACAAGGGGGAUGUGUUUGAUUUCGUGUAG